UCAGCUCCACACAAGCAUCACAAGCAAAUCUAUCUUUCCAUUUAUUUGCAAUUCCCAUCUCUACCAAUGGCACACUCUUCUCUCGUCAAACUCUCCCUCUGUCUGCUGGUACUGCUAUCACUGUUCGUUCAGUCAACAGUCGGAGGGCGCCCAGUCCCUGCGUCCAACGACAAGAAGGAAACAGAGUGUGAGGGACGGGACGGAAUUAACCUUCUCGGAGGAGCUGUUCGUAUCGGAGGAGGAGGUGUUCGUAUCGGAGGUUUACCUUCGAUUGGGACUGGGAAUGGUGGUGGUGGUACCGGUGCUCUUACUCGUGCAGGCUUCGGCAGUGGCAGCAUUGGUGAUUUGGAUCACAGUGCCCCUGCUGCUGCCCGUCCUCGGUACCUUCCUGGUAACGAUGACACUUUUGUUCCUAACCCGGGUUAUGAAGUUCCUAAUCCUUUCCGUGGUUCAUCCCCUAAUCCUUGAAAUUGAAUUAAGCACUGCAACACUCAAAACUUUUUUAGUUAUAUUGUGAUGUAUGUUAUUAUCAUCAUCUAGCUAGUCUGCUUACUUUCAACAAAAACAAAAUAAUAAUAUUAUCAACAAUAAUAAUGUUGGGUGGUGUUGCUCUCUCUCAACGACCUAAGGGAUUGGUAUACGCUCAGCUCAGUUCGGCCGAAGGAACCACGAGUUGGUUCCUGGUUAUCUUCUGGAAUUUGUCACGGUGUCAGUCAGCUACAUUCUCGUACAUGAAGUCAAAUGGAAGUGUGUUUAUGUAUUUUGUAACUAGUUUCAAUGAAUUGUUAUCGCAUGAGAAAUUUAUGUGGAUAAUUACUAUGUUGCUUUUUCUCA